GUCUGAGGGCUCCCCAGGGCCCCAUGGAGACUUGGCGCAAAGGCUCCUUCCGCAGCCCCUCCUUCUUCAAGCGGCUGAGCCUGGGGCGGCCGCGGAGACUCCGGCGACAGGGCAGCGUGCUCAGUCAGGCCAGCACGGCUGGGGGGGACCAUGAGGAGUACAGCAACAGAGAGGUCAUCCGGGAGCUGCGAGGGAGACCGGAUGGCCGGCGCCUGCCACUGUGGGGGGACGAGCAGCCCCGGGCCACCCUGCUGGCCCCGCCCAAACCGCCGCGUCUCUACCGGGAAAGCUUCAGCUGCCCCAACAUCCUAGAGGCCCCCUCCGCAGAGUACACUGCCACCUACUCUGCCACCCUGCCCUCCACGCUCUCCGUGGCAGACACCCUCCACCAAUCUUCCGAGGAGGACCUUACUGACACGCCCCCCUUCCAGAGGACACCUGCUCCGGACCUCAGUGAUCCCUUCUUCUCCUUCAAAGUGGACCUGGGGAUUUCACUUCUUGAGGAGGUUCUGCAGAUGCUGAGAGAGCAAUUUCCCAGUGAGCUCAGCUUUUGAAUGGGAGGAGGGUGGGCAGAGGUGGGGUGACUGAAAGAGGUGGGAGCCUGGGGACCCAGAGAAGAGGGGACAGUCGGGAAUUAAGGUAGGGAUAGAAAUCCAGGUCCCUGCCUGCUCCUCCCCCAACCCCUGGGGUCCUGAACAGUUCUCUGAAUCACCCCAUGGUGGAGGAACAGAGGUAUAGAGGCAAGCCAGAAAUGUGAGGGGGGUGCCUGCUGGCAGGAGCCCUGAAGACAGCUAGCUAGGCUGGGAAGGGAGGCCAUGCCUGCAGCCACAGGGGCCAGGCAGAGGCCUGGGUGGAGGCAGAGGGACAGCGGCAUAAGGGCAAGUCUCGGAGCGGAGGACACAGACUGGGCUCAAAGAUGGGUGCUCUGUGCCAGCUCCUACAUGUGGCUGUUUAAAGUCACACUAAUUAAAACUAAAUACAAUAAAAAAGUCAUCCCAGUCACACUAGCCACAUUUCAAGUGCUCAGCAGCCACAUAUGACUAAGGGUUACCACACUGAACGGCAAACGGUGAACGUUAACGUCACUGGAGAAAGUUCUGUUGGGCCACACAGGCCUAGACCAUAGCCUGGUGGGGGUCAGGGAAGCAUAUGGGACCUGCCAGGGAAGGGAGAGGCUUGUGGGGUAGGAAGAGUGAGGCUGGGGGAGAUACAGAGAGUAACUCAGGAAAAAGUCCAAAGAAAUCACUAGCAGGAAAGGGAGCGUGAGACUCAAAAUGCCAACACGGCUGCCCGGAGCACUCCCUGGAGCCCAAGGAAGGAACUCGAGGGGAUGUCAGGCACAGACAGCUUCAGAAGAGAGGCUGUGGGGAAUUCUUGGAAAUAUUUGUGAUGGGAGCCCUGGGGAAAUGCAAUGAAAUAUAGUGCAGUUUUCCCUCCUUCCUGCACCCAUGAGAAUAUGGGAGGUCUGAUCAGGGGACGGACACAAAGCUCAAGGCUGUUACAGUGAAGAGGCACAGCUGCUCUCCAGAAUCCCCACCAGGACCAAGGAGCUUUGCUCAAAGACUCUGAUGAUGGGGGUUGCGGCGCUGCCCUGACGCCUGGCCAGAAGACCUGGAGCCGGAGCCUGGCUGGCGGCAUGUGGUUCUGGCACACACUACCUCCAUGAUGCAAGCCUUAUGGGCUCCCCGUUUCUACUCUAUGUGCAUGUGCUGAUCGGAAAGCUUCCCUGGGGGUGCAGAUGAUAAAUAAAGUUCUUUAUUACAUAGCCUA